AACUCCUGCUUUUUGCUAGCACUGGGUAAGAGUCUGGCACUGGGCCUUGCACUAUGUGCGCAGUGUCUCCGCUUAUCUCUGUCCGGUACCGAUGGUUGGACAUAAAUGUCACCCUUUUUAUUCGUACCUGCUGGGCUUGAUUCGCAAUUAAUGUGUCACACCCUGCGUCUUCCGCCGGCUUGACCACGGGGGACUCAUAUAUACGAUAAAGAUGAUUCUCCUCUGUUAUAUUUGUUGGACCCCACUCUUGAUUCUUAGCGGUCGUGCACAACACGACCCCUCCCCUCGACUUUUCGCCCAGUGCUUACAGCUUCCCACAUUCCAAAGCCAAGCCCCCAGUUUCGCAUGUUUUCGUACAGCGGACAUUACUAUUGGCGUUGGCGCUUUAAGUCCCGUCGACUCGGUGAGUUGUGAACGUAUUCUGCCGCGCGUUCCGAGCCCGGUGGUCUCCUCAAGGUUGCCAAGGAGUUUGGGUGUCCUUGGGCUUGACAUGACAUCCGCUGUCCGAGUCUGCAUGCGCUCCAGAAUGACGUUCAAGAGAUAUCGCUGUACGACAUCGUGGUCAUCGCAAUUCUAACGAUACUGGAUGCUGCGGAUACGUUACCUGCGCUGCAUCAUAUAACGAAGUAAGCACAGAACCCUUCGUCUGAUUGAAGCUUCCAUAAAUUAAACGUCGGAGAGGGAAUUCGGUAGUUCCAAGGAUGGCACGCUUUUCACAGGGAAUAGUAGCCUUGAGCCUCUUCCAGUCAAGCCCAUCAGGGGACCACGGUUCCUUAGUAGGACAAUGAGAUUAACAAACCUCUCCACUUCGAUCAAUAUGCGAGACGGCCCAAACAGGUCCGAAAAGUGACACGCUCACGAAAAGGCCGGAGUUUUAUGUUAGGAAUAGGGGUCUAGCUAGGUUAAUAUCAACCAAUCAACCCCCACGGAAACUUUCCAAGAUACUCAAAUGUGGAUUUCAUGUGCCAUCACACUUGAUCUUUGGCCUGCCAGGCGACCCUGAAGGCUAGGGUCCAUCAUGCGAGUCGUGACCGGCAAGUCAAAUUCAAAACAAUCAUACUAUGGACUUGAUCCUGUCAAUAUCCGCUCGCGAAGGCUCUGAAGCCAAGUUCACAACUUAAUAAGGCUUGGCACCGAACCAUCGCAGAACUGGAGUAUAUCUUUUCACGUUACUAUCUGACCACCGACAGCGUAAACAGUGUAAAGGCACAACAUAGGAGAGAACGAGGUGGAAGGACAGGAAAGAAAGAUAAGCUGUUCUACCGG